CUUUUAACGAUUUCGUAAAUGGUGUUCAUAAACAGGGCUGGAUUAUGGACCUUUAACCUGAACACAACACAGUAUGGAUCUUUAUGUGUCUAGAAAUGUUGAGGUACAGGAGUGAGUAUGCAUGGGACACUCUUGGGUUACCAGUUCCAGUUUUUGUGCUGCUUGGACAUAUUCCACUGCCAUAUCAGCAAUGAGAUAAAAUGCUGCUGCUGCUUCUUCACCAGAGAUAUAUUUUAUUUUUAAUCCAUCUACAAACAUUUUCCUGAUAUACAAAGACAAAAAUAACAGAAUCUGUAUAAAUUUGUAUGUAUACAUUGCAUGCCCAAACUAUUAUUUAAACACCCAGUUGAAUUGAUUUUACAUUUGGCCACGUCUAUCGUUAAAAACACAUGCUUUAUUAGGUUCUAAAAGAUGUCCAUUUGCUGUGAGGUUUGUAAUUACCAACACAAAGGAAACUUCUUCUUUUUUUUUUUAAAGAAUACUGUUUCUUAAGAUCCCUAUCCAAUUUCUCUCAGAAGAUCUGCCAGUCUCUUCUAAAUAGUUUUCCCAUUGUUUGUGACUUCAGAGGUCCAUUGUUUCACUGGGAGCUAAUUGCUCCACAUUUACAGGAGGUACCUGGAUCACUGCUUCAGAAAAUUGUUUCCUUUCAGAAGAAGCUCAGCCUUUUGAUUAUAGGUUUGAGGAGCAAUUCUAAUGGAAAUAGUUACCAAGGUAACAAAAGACAAAGUCUAAAGAGAUCCUUUGUGCCAGCACAUGUACAUUGUAAGAACUCUGGAGAGAUAUGACCUGCUUUUUUAAUAUUAUUUUUGUCUUUUUGACAUCACUUUUUUGAGCAUUUUAUCACCAAAAAUGUAAGUCAUUCCCCACAAGUACCAUGUCCAUCAUUAUGUUAAAUAUGGGUUUUUAUUCAAGUUAAUAUUUCCCACCAUUGGUUCAUUAUCCAGUGACGAUUUCUCAUUUUUUAAGAUGAUAUAAUUAUCUGAGUAGCCUAUAUAAAAUGCAUGAAUAAUAUUCCAGGUGUUUGAAACUUUUGCCUCUUUAUGUAAUCCCAGAUGUGAAUUUAUGCUGUCAUAAUGGUCAUGCAAAUUACAAAAAUCCCACUGAAUUACUGCAAUUAAUGCUGAAUGGACUAUAUGGAAACAACAUAUCAUAAACAUCAUAAAGUAUUUAUUUUCAUUUUUGAGGAAAUAUCUAACAUACAAGCACAAUUAUGCAUGCUCCACCCCAAAAGGAGAGGACAUGCAAAUACACUUACAAUAGGCUACUUACAGUAACAAAAUGAGGUGUUACAUAUUCAAAUGAGGCAUAGGCUAUAUAAUCCGCACAUCUCCUCGCUGCCAGGUGUACAGAUCAGUGCACAUCUCUGCAGUAGUCAUGGUGUCCUGCAUCACAGACUGCAUUGAAAAGCCCAUCCGGCUUUGUUUUGAAAGUGUUGGUAAGUUCGUAGGGCUCCACCCGUGGUGGUUUGUCACUUUACCCCUGGCGGUGUCCGCAGGUCUCGGAGGAGGAUUUUAUUUUUUGAAUGACCUGAAAUCCAACGACAUAGUGGAGCAGUUUACACCGAAAAACGGCCGCGCUAAAGUGGAGAGGCGUUUCUUUCAAGAAACUUUUCCACAAAUUGACUCACAAUUUUCAAUUAUACGACUGAACACUGACGGGGUUUUUGCAUCUUUGAUAUUCUCCAGUCAAACAAACAUACUCAGUGUUGCUGCACUAGAGGAGAUCAUCCGCAUAGAUGGAGAAGUUAGAAGAAUCACAGCAACUCAUGAAGCACAGCAGUUUGUGUUUUCGGAUAUUUGCGCAACUGUGAACGGAACAUGCAACUCUAACGUAAUGCUUGAUGUUCUAGAUUACAAUGCCAGCAACAUUAAUUUAGUCAACAUAACGUUUCCUGAGUACUGUUAUUCCGAGUUCAUCUGUAUCCGCAUGGGAAAUAUCAUUGGUAAGGUGGGGGUGGAUCACAAUGGAGUUGUUCGAAGUGCCAAAGCAAUGAGACUUUUCUAUUAUCUGCAAGAGAGCAAUAAUACACUGGAAGAUGCCUGGCUUCAGGAAUUUGUAGACUUGCUCUCUAAUGUAUCGACUUCUGAAACUGAAGUGUCUUAUUUCACAUCCAUGUCAAGACAACAGGAGUUUGAAAAGAGUACCCAAUCUGUCACUGAACUUUUUGCUAUUACUUAUCUUCUUGCCAUCUCAUUUUCAAUAAUAUCUUGCCUAAGGUUUGACAAUGUGAGGAAUAAAGCAUGGGUGGCUUCACUUGGAGUUUUCUCCACUGCACAAGCAGUGCUGUCCAGCUUUGGGUUGCUGUUACUCAUAAAGGUGCCAUUUGUUAUUACUGUGGCAUCUUCUCCGUUCCUUAUUCUUGGAAUCGGUAUUGAUGACAUGUUUAUCAUGAUCUCCAGCUGGCAACGGACCAACAUUCAAGACACAGUGCCAAAACGCAUGGCUGAUACCUACAAAGAGGCAGCUGUUUCCAUUACUAUCACCACCCUGACUGACGUGCUAGCCUUUUACCUCAGCUACGGCAAUCCCUUCGGCUCUGUUCAGUCUUUCUGUCUGUAUGCAGGCACAGCUGUCUUGUUCUGCUACUUCUAUAACAUCACUUUCUUUGGAGCUUGUUUGGCUCUGAAUGGCAGAAGAGAGGGGGCGAACAGACACUGGUUAACUUGCAUGAAGGUCCCAGAAGAGGUCCCACCAGGACGGUCUAAAGUGUAUACUUUCUUUUGUGUUGGAGGAUCUUAUGACCAUAACACAGGCACUGAGGAAGAGCACCCAAUGGCACUGUUCUUCAGGAAGUAUUAUGGACCAUUUUUGACAACAGUUUGGAGUAAAGCUUUAGUAAUUUUGAUUUACUUAACAUACAUUGUUGUUAGUGUUUAUGGUUGCCUGCAACUUAAGGAAGGCAUUGAUCUCAGGAACCUAGCACUUGAUAAAUCGUACAUCAUCCAAUACUAUGAAGCUGAAAAGACAUACUUUGAUUAUUAUGGUCCAAAUGUAAUGUUAGCUAUCAAUGGCACAUUUCCAUAUUGGGAGGAGAGCAAACGCCAUAAACUUGAGUCGUGUAUUGUACAGUUUCAGGAACUGAAUUUCGUCAAGAACUUGUCAACAUCUUGGCUUCAUUCCUUCGAAAAAUAUGCUGAGGAACACAUUAAGAACAUCAGCUCAGAAGGUCAAUUUAAAAGACAUCUUUAUGAGUUCCUGGACCACCAACCAAUGCUCAAACAGGAUGUCAACAUAACCAAUAACGAUAUAGCUGCUUCACGUCUGUUUCUUCAGACAGUUGUUCAGAAUUCAACCGAGAAGAGCAUACUGAACUCACUACGGAAGACAGCAGAGAGCUGCCCAUGUCCACUGUUGGUCUACCAUCCAACGUUUAUAUACCAUGAUCAAUAUACAGUAAUAGGGCAUAUCACUCUUCAGACCGUCAUUGUGGCAACCCUAGUAAUGCUGCUCAUCUCCCUUGUGCUGAUUCCAAAUCCUCUUUGUGCCUUGUGGGUUGCCUUUGCCAUCGCUUCAGUCAUUUUGGGAGUCACUGGUUUUAUGGCACUGCUAAACGUAAGUCUUGAUUCGAUCUCUAUGAUAAACUUGGUCAUUAGCAUUGGCUUUUCUGUGGACUUCUCUGCUCAUAUCUCCUACACGUUUGUGUCCAGUACAAAGCCCGAUGUGAAUGAAAAAGUUGUGGAGGCAAUGACACACCUGGGCUACCCCAUACUUCAGGGGGCUCUGUCUACAAUUGUGGGUGUGGUUGUGCUCUCAGCUUCCAGCAGCUACAUAUUCAGAACGUUCUUCACCAUUGUGUUCUUAGUCAUUACUUUUGGGCUGCUUCACGGCAUUGCUUUUAUUCCAGUAUUUCUAACUUUGUUUGGAUUUUGCCACAAAUUAUGGUAGCACUGAAUUCAAAAAUCAAACUUCUGCUUUUUCUUCAUGUGUCCUGUCUCCUUUACAAUAUACUUGCAAAAUUAACAUUUUAUUAAAUUAAAAGCAAGAAAAAAAGUUUCUUGUAUUUACUUUUAAAGCACGUAGAAGCAUGUUCAAAGUAUAGUGAAGGCAGAUUUUCAAGUGUUGUUUUAAAUGUUUUCAACAUGUAUUAUCCCAGAAAUGUGCAAAAUGUAAUGUAGUUGUAAUUCAUAGUGAGCAACAGUAAUAUGAUUACAGUAACAUGUAGACUGUCAUUUUGAUAUGUCAACAUUUUAUAAACCCUGAGUGAUUUCUGUUCACCAUAUUUGAUGUGAUCAUAUAUGUGCUUUUGUCAGCGUUAAUAUGUGAAUAAAGUCUAAAUUAAUUCUAUGUUAA